UCAGACCAUUUGCCAUGGCACUGCCCACGAUGUAAGGAGGCCAGUUAUGAAAAGUCCCUUAUAGCCUGCAACGCUGAGUCCAGCCGGGAAAUCUGCACAGAAGGAAGCCCAGGAUGGGGAGAGGAUGAUCAAGUUUAUUUCAGUGAAAUAAAACUGCCCCAGAGAGCCGCGGGGGGUGGAACAUGUGGAUGGCACAGCCGGGGAGAAAGGCUCUGACCCGGCAGCUGCACAGCACGAGCGGGGAGAGGCACCGAGAUGCCAAGAGGAGAAAGGAGAGGAAGAAAAGGAUGGAAAGGCCGGCGCCGGCAGGACAUGGCAGCCCCUUACCGUAGACCAGCUUUUUCAUCUCGUGGUACCUGGCCCACAGGGCGAAGGCGCCGGUGCGCCCGGCCAUGCUGGUCAGCGAGAGGUUGAAGCGCCUUUUGAAGUUGGUGCCCGGGCAGCGGCGCUUUGGCUUUUACAGGUUCCUGCCCUUCUUCUUCGUGCUCGGCGGAGCCAUGGAGUGGUUCAUGAUCAACGUGCGCUUCGGCAAAGAGACCUUCUAUGAUGUUUACCGUAGGAAAAGAUCUGAAAGAGAGUACAAGGCAAGGAUGGAGAAAGGGGAAUUUUAGCUGAAACUCUUCAAGGGGGAGCUCCUGAGUCUUCAGCUGUUCAGGUGCCAAAGCAGCAGCCCUGCCACGUUGGUGGUGGGGGACGCUGGCUCUGCAAGAUGAACUGUGAGCUACACGUUUGUGUAAUACACUCAGAGGGUUUGGGCAGUUUUGUUCUUCCAUAUCUGUAAUAUUUGUAAUUAAAUGAAGUGAAAAUUUGGCCUCUGCCAUUAAUUUAAUGUUUGCUUAGUGCUUCUAAAUAAACUGGCUAAAUAAACA